AUGGCGGCACAACAGACUAUCAUCGCCGAGACGAUACGCGGCAUGAAGCUGGCCAUGCGCCGCCGCGACACGGAUUCGGAUUCAGACACAACCAUCACCCAGCCCACCAACCGCGGCAACAAGCUCAAGCGCAAUGCCCGUCAUGUGCGCGAAGGCCGUCUCGAUACUACACAUGGCCGCAGCUACAAGAAGCGUGUCGACUACGCUGGCUACGACCGCUACAUCCUCAAUGAGAACCCGCUCCGCUUCGACGACGACGGCGAUUUGAUUGACGAUGACGAGUACGACAAUGAAGACGAGGACAACCCUGAUCAAGAGGACAACCCAUGGGCGGCCACAAAGCUGGAAGAACUACUCGCUCCCUUGACUUCAGCCGCCGAUCUGGCCGAACACCCCUCUCUCUCUGUGCCCUUCCUCUCGAGGCCCAUCAGCGAGAUGGCUGAGAACGCUCGCCAGGCUAUGCACCGCGAAAAGCAGACUCUGACACACAUCAAACAGCUACUGUUGAGGUUGCGCGGCGACGAUCACUGGAUUCCCGUUGGCAAGCUCGAGUCAGAACACGACAUGAUGCUAUUGGACCCCUCGGCCGCUCCUGUUGAAGACUCAAUGUCGACCACCAUGCCCCCCGAGACUCAUGCCAUAGACCACUACAGACCUGACCCUACAACACAAACACAAACACAAGCAGACCCGUCACAACAAAACGGCACCCAGCCGGACGGCCUCAAUCUUCAGAAUCCCUCAAACACCCUUCCGUCGCCAGAUGCCUCACCCGAGGGUUUGACUCAACACGCAAUGACGACUCGACGUCAAGCCCGCACCUCUCCCACACCCGAUCCUAACUUCCCUUCCUCGUCACCCGCUCCGUCGUCUUUACCUUCAAUACACGGCUUCUUCCACGUUCCAGAUUCAGCACUACCAGACCGCGACUAUGGUCUACCUGCAACUGAGGCUGAUGAUACACGCCGAUUAUUACUUCUCUACUGUCAGAAACAAGAACAAGUCGUUCGCGAGUCGGAACAAAUGCUCGAAGGUUUACUCAAAGCAGACCGCAUGAGAAAGGACGUUUGGCGCUGGUGCAAGACAGAAGGUCACGCAGGCGAAAUGAGCGAUGGCGAAGAUUGGUACGACAUGGACGAAUGGAACCUCAGCGCCCCAUUACAAAAGGGCAAAGAGGAGGAAGAAGUGGAAGAUGAAGGCAGAGUAAAAGGAAGACGAAGACGCGGUGCACAGCACUAG